CCGAAACCCGGGAGUAGCCGAACGUCAGCGACAUAUCAACGACAUCAACGUGAUAGACGACUACGUGGACCAGCCUUGCAAUGGAACGUCUGAAGCGGAAGCGAGGUGCGAUUCGAGCAGCUGCAACGAUACUUAUUGACGGAAUACAACAACUACUCGACGGACCACAUUCACCCAGCCUCAGAGGUGAUCUUCAGGAGAAGCUAGAUCUCCUGAAAGUAAAAGAAACUGCCCUGGAGGAACUGAAUCUCGCCAUUGAAGAAAUGGUAUUGGACGACAAAGUCUACGACGAAGAGAUUGCAGGCUCCCAGACAUACCAGGACAGGAUAUGCGUAGCGAAAUCCCGAGCUGUACAAAAACUGAACAUGGAAUACGGCCGAGAACUUGCUGACGGAUCGAGAAGACAUGGCCAAGGCGGGGGAGAUUACAGCACACUGGAGACUAGAGGUAGCGGUACGAGAACCGUUACAGUGAAGCUACCGAAAUUGGAAAUCCCACGAUUUAACGGCGACCUCCGGAACUGGAAUAGUUUUUGGGACCAAUUUGAUUCUACGAUAAACAGCAAUCAGUCAAUUGCAAAGGUGGACAAGUUCAAGUAUCUGCGUAGCUACCUCACUGACAAAGCUGCAACGGCGGUGAGUGGACUGUCACUGACUGCAGAGAACUAUGACAUCGCUUUGGACUUGUUGAAAGAAAGGUUCAGCAAGAAAAGUCUCAUCAUCGAUGCGCACAUGUCACGCCUGUUGACUCUGACUAAAGUCAGCGACUCCAGUCAAGUAAUGAAGCUCCGCGAGCUGUAUGACGCCGUCAUGACUGGUGUCCGCUCUCUUGAAGCUCUCGACGUUGCGCAAACGUCUUACGGUGUUCUCCUACUUUCUGCGCUAAGGAAGGCUGUUCCCAGCGACCUCAACCUUGAAUACGACCGGAAACACCUCGAUGGGGAAGAGGAUUUGACCUCGUAUUUAGAGUUCCUGAGAAUUGAAGUAUCCAGUCGAGAGAGAGUUUACGACACGACCACAAAACCCGAAGGACGCAAGGGUAUGAUCGAGAAGCAGUGGCAGUGGCCACAGAAGCCUCCUCCGACCGGGGCUGCAUUGACUGUUGCUGCAGAGACGACAAAAUGCAUAUUUUGUGAAUCCAACGAACACACUUUGGAGAAUUGUGACGCUCCAAUUUCGAUUCAAGAGAAGAAAGAGAAACUGAAAUCCCAAAUGCGAUGUUUUCGCUGCGGCCGACAGUAUCAUCGUUCGAGGGAUUGUAGGAAUGCCAGCAGACUUCGAUGUCUUAAAUGCGGAAGACGCCAUCUCACCGUUAUGUGUGAUCCGAUAAACCAGCCUACUUCCGUGGAGUCUUCAGCCUUGGCUACGUCGGCAAGCUUAAGCACUGCAAGUUCUGCUGGUGUCACCAUACUGCUCCAAACCCUUCGAGCCUGGGCGGAAAGUGAGACCGAACGGCAAUUGGUUCGUGUGCUUCUUGAUGGCGGAAGCCAAAGAUCAUUUAUCAAGCAAUCACUCUCGAAGAAACUCAACUGUCAACCAGUAGGGGAGGAACAAAUAUCGCUGUACACCUUUGGAACGGAAUGCGCCAGGCAGAGGAAGUGUCGUCGGGUUCAGAUUUGGCUCCGAAGUCAGUACGACAGAAGUGAGCUACGUAUAGAAGCAUUGGAAAUGCCCGAUAUUUGUAACGACGUAAUGCAACUACCAAGCACGGAUUUGGUUUCCAACCUUCAUCGGGCCGGAAUGCGUGUGGGUGACCUUUCUGUUGGAAACGUUCAUUGUGAGCCUGGCAUCGGUAUACUUGUAGGCGCCGACUAUUACUGGCGGACCGUUACUGGCGAGAUACAGCACAUCAGCGAGGACCUGGUAGCGGCAAACACUGUUUUUGGAUGGACAGUACAGGGCCCAUCGUCUUCAAGUUCAACUACAAUAUGUACGAACGUAGGAGUCAUGCGGGUAAACGUCGAGUCUCAAGAAACGGAAUUGUGCAAUGAAUUACGGAAAUUUUGGGACUUGGAACAUAUCGGGAUUCAGACGGACAGUAACCCGACGCAUCAGGACGCCGUGUUUCAAGCUUUCAAGUCGACCAUGAAGAACGUGAGCGGCAGAUAUCAGGUCGCACUGCCGUGGAAGACUGUGCACCCGUAUUUACCGUCAAACGAAGAAGUAGCAAGGAAGAGGCUCUUUUCUUUAACGAAACAAAUUACCAAGAAUGAACACAUGGCUGCCGAGUAUGACAAGGCGAUCAGACAGUAUUUAGAUGAUGGUCAUGCAGAAAAGGUUCUUCUCCCUCAUGAAGUGGAUGGGCCAACAUAUUACAUGCCCCACCAUGCCGUUGUCAAGCACGAAAGGGAAACCACCAAAAUGCGCAUCGUUUUCGAUGCCUCUUCCAGUGCUCCCGGUUGUCCCUCGUUGAACGACGUUUUGGAUUCUGGACCAAACCUUAAUCCUGACUUGCUGGCAGUACUAAUGAGGUUCCGAAAACAACGGAUUGGAGUCGUUGCUGACAUUGAGAAGGCUUUUCUCCAGAUUUCCUUGAACAAGACUGAUCGUGACGCCUUUCGGUUUUUUUGGUAUGAUGCGACGCCGAAACGUGAUGUCACCGAACGAGAAAUUGAGGUCUGGAGGAUGACCCGUGUCCCAUUUGGAGCCUCAUCCAGUCCCUUCAUUAUGGCUGCUACGCUUCGUUGUCAUUUUGAGAGUACUUCUUCGGCAGAUCCAUCUCUGAAGUCCCUGUGUGAGACGUUGAACGAGAGUUUCUACGUCGACGAUUUGGUGACGAGCGUUGCCACACGGAAUGAAGGGGAGCGGUUUUCCAGAGAUGCUAACGAGGUCGUCAGGACAGCUGGAAUGAAGCUACGAAAGUGGACGACGAACUCGCCGGAUCUACAGAGUGAGUUCAGGAGAAGCAGCGAACAAGACGCGGAGGCUAAUUCUCAUUACAAGUCAAAAAAGGUUUUAGGACUCAGCUGGAACACCGCAACGGACACACUUCUGCUUUCCAUGGACUCUCUUGUGAAAUUCAUCACCUACAAGACGGACACCAAGCGCUGCCUGCUGCAAGCAACCGCAAGAAUUUUUGAUCCUUUGGGGUUCCUUGCACCAUACACUAUCAAGGCGAAGAUUCUUUUCCAACGAGUAUGGGAGCAAGGACUCGGAUGGGAUGAUCUACUGCCAGAUGAUCUCCUGUCUGAAUGGCUGCGGUGGACGAAAGGGAUACCGGACGUCGCUCAAAUAGCCGUACCCAGAGCACUUAUAACCGAGGGACCAACAGCGAAGCACUCUGUGCAUUGCUUUUGUGACGCUAGUAUUCAAGCAUACGGCGCCGUUGUGUACCUGAGGACGGAAACUGAUGCCGGCACUGUCAACGUGAAGAUUAUAGCUGCUAAGGCUAGAGUAGCCCCGCUGAAGCGCGUUACGUUGCCACGUUUGGAGCUCCUUGCAGCGCUGAUCGGAGCGCGGCUAACUCACUACAUUGUCGGUGCACUCCACUUUGAACGCUUCCCUGCGAUAUUUUGGAGCGAUUCGAGUGUAGCGCUCUGCUGGAUCAAGGCCAAUGCAAGUCGAUGGAAACCCUUCGUUGCAAACAGAGUAGUAGAAAUACAAGGCCUUUGCGAUCCCUCUACAUGGCACUACUGUCCAGGGGAACAAAAUCCUGCCGACCUACUCACGCGAGGUGUUUUACCCAGGCAACUGCAAAACAAUGAAUUUUGGUGGACUGGACCAAAAUGGUUGUCAUCCAUUGACAUGGUCGGCUCGGUACCAGAGCCCAGAGCUCCUGGAACACCCACAGACAUCGUCAAUACUGAAGCGAAGGCGGUGGAAGUUACGGUUGCGGUUGUAAAGGGGGAUCAAUGUGCUCUCUUCGACCUCACCAAGCAUAGUUCCUUCCUUCGUGUACUACGGAUAACAGCGUGGAUCAAACGGUUUAUGUUGAAUUGUAAACGACCACAUGAAAAGGUAUCUGGGCCUCUCCUUACUGAAGAAAUAAAUGAGGCAGAAAAGUACUGGAUUCGUCAGGUUCAACGUGAAUGUUUCUCAGACGAAUACGAAGUCCUGGCCAGUAACGGUGGAAGGAUAUCCUCAACUUCUCCGCUCCUUAAACUAUCCCCCUACUUGGAUCAAGAUGGAAUCCUUCGUUUGAAAGGAAGACUUCAAGAGAGCGAGGGAUAUGCAUCGCAGAAGCAACCGAUUAUUUUACCGAAACAUCACGACUUCACAAAGAAGUUAAUAAUGCGUACGCAUCUUCGUUUGCUUCAUGGAGGUGUACGAGACACGCUUGUUGAGCUACGUGAGACAUACUGGGUCAUCAGUGGUAGACAAGCGGUGAAGGCUAUGCUUCAUCGUUGCCUGACGUGUCAAAAGUGGCGCGCGAAGCCUGCGGAAGAGCCAAUGGCACCACUCCCGAGGGAUCGAGUUACCAAGGACGAGCCUUUUUCAGUGGUGGGAGUUGAUUUUGCCGGGCCUCUCUACUACAAGGGUGCUACCACUGAUUGCAAGUCCUACAUAGUAGUGUUUACCUGCGCCAUCACGAGAGCUGUUCACUUGGAAAUCGUCACGGACCUGAGCACGGCGACAUUUCUGCUAGCUUUUCGGAGGUUCGUGUCAAGAAGGGGUGUCUGUCAUACAGUUUAUUCGGACAACGCCCUGACCUUCAAACGCGCAUCUAAAGAUCUUCGGCAGUUAUGGAGCUCACUUCGUAGCGAAGAAGCUAAAAAUUAUUUCUCCAGCAUUCGACUUCAUUGGAAAUUCAUUGUGGAAAAGGCUGCAUGGUGGGGAGGAUUCUACGAGAGAAUGGUGCGGUCGGUCAAGACAUCUCUUCGAAAGGUUCUUGGAAGGAGCAGUUUAACACUUCCUGAACUCACCACCGUGCUCACCGAAACUGAAGCGACUAUCAACUCCCGACCGAUUACUUUCGUCUAUGCGGAAUCAGAGGAGCCGGAGCCAUUGACACCGUCGCACCUUUUAAUUGGAAAACGGCUGACGCGACUGCCACCCUUCGUCACUUCAGCGCAGUUGCCUACUGGAACUCAGCAGCGACUGCAGAGGGCAAUGCGGUACCGCGAGUCGCUACUGGAACGGUUUUGGCGAAGGUGGCGGAGUGACUACUUACAGGAACUACGGACUGCUCAUUGGCAACGCGUUUCAGGCUCAACUGACUUACAGACCGACACGUUGGUUCUCCUGAAGGAAGAUAGGGUCCCUCGCGGCCUAUGGAAGAUCUGUCGAAUCGUAAAGACGUUUCCAGGUAGAGACGGACAUGUCCGUUCAUGUGUCGUGCAACUUCCGACCGGUGGAACUUUAAGGCGUGCAAUACAGCACUUGUUCCCAUUGGAGAUCCAAGAAUGAGCAAACUCAUUGCGGGGGAGUGUGUUGAGAAUUGACUAUGAAUGUGUUGGGGUUUUUGUUUUGGCUUGUACUGUUUUGUUGGCUUAUUGGCUGUUGGCUUGUACUGGCGUUGUUGGCUUGUGACGAAGGAGGAAGAGGAAGACGGAAGCUCGCUCGAAAGCGCACGGGGAAUAUCACUUUUUUUUUGUUGUUCUUAACGUUGUAGAACGAGUAGGAUGGCUCGGAGCAACUGCCUCCAAUAAACGGAUUUUGGAAGAAGUUCGUCUAUCUCGCUUUAAGGUUCUGCUACAGUUUGUGCCUUAUUUGACUUUUACCGUGGGGUCGCACUGCUUGGCGAGUCUAGUCUCGAGGAAAUUGAGAGCAGCGGCCCUGGCCUAGUGUUCCUCCUAGAAUCUGGCCUGUACUGUUCUCA